UAUAGUUCACUCUGUUCCUCUGCCUACCCUAAAUACCUCCCUCUGUUUUCCUCUGCCUAGCCAUCUGUUUUUGCCUCUAAGGCUUUCAAUUGCUUUAACUCUGUCUCUAUGCUCCGAAACUUUAAAACCACCUUAUCAUCUUCUAUGAUGGUAGCAGUUUUUCUCUUUUCUCUCUUUAGAGAAAUGGUUGCUAAUGAAGCUUUGAUGAAAAUCCAAAUUCCUUUCGAGUGAAAAGUCCUAAAGAAGAAGAAAGCAGGAAAAGAAAAAGAAAAACAUCCACAACUCUCUCAAGUUUUGCUCAUUCUCCAUCCUUGUCUAUAAAUGGAUUCAUUCGAUUUCUACAACAUCAAUAUUAAGGCGAACGCGAUGCAAAAGCAUCGCCAGCUUCAAAAGAUUGCAAACCUUUUCCGGGUAAUCGAGGUAUGCAUUGUUCUUGUCUUGAUUUCCAGGCUUUCCUUGCACCUCCCACAUGCUAUGAAGAACUCUAGUGGGUACUUCCAUAACUUGUCCGUUCUCUUGGUUAGUCCCCGGUUCGUUUUUGUCGUUGGAAAUGUUAUAGUCAUCACUCUUUUCGCUAAGUCCGGGAAGUUUUCAGCUCGAGAUUCCACAAAAAACGCUUCAGGAUUGGAUCUUUACGAGGAGAUCACUAAGAAUAGUGAAAAGAACCAGAAAGUUCACCAAGUUGAGACCCGGAUCGUCGAUAAGCAUAUCAUAUCUGAUGAGAGUGUAGUUAAGGAUUACAAGAGGACUCAAUCCGAGAAAAUAAGUCGGAGUGUUUGUGAGAAAUCACGCCGCGAACUCCGACGCAUGCAGACAGAGAAUUUCAGGAAGAGUGAUCAUUCUUGUCAGAAAUUGGCCAAAAGUUCAUGUCCUGAGGAUGAAAUGAGCAACGAGGAGUUCCAGCGCAAGGUGGAGGCUUUCAUUGCCAGGCAACAAAAGAUUCAAAGGGAAGAAGAGUACUCUGUAUUCUAGAAUUACUGGAGUAUAUAUGAGGAAAUUCAAAUCUUGUAUAUUUCUUCUUCCAUUGUGAUGUGACUUUGUGUGUGUGUGAAUCUAUGUGUACAUAUUGAUAUUACUAUAUGUCGUAAAUGCAAUGGAAACUUU